GUCUCAGAGUCGAACAACCACCACCAAAAUGGCGAAGAUCGCCAAAACGCACGAAGAUAUUGAGGCCCAGAUCCUGGAGAUCCAGGGGAUGAAGGCCACCCUGCUGGAGGAAGGAGAGCAGGGAGUGGGUCUGGACUCCACUGGCUUUUAUGACCAGGAGAUCUAUGGAGGCAGCGACAGCCGCUUCGCUGGAUAUGUCACUUCCAUCGCCGCCAAUGAACAGGAGGAUGAUGAUGAAGAAGAUUCAUCUACAAGCUUGCUGGGACAAAAGAAGCCGGGGUACCAUGCACCAGUGGCGAUACUCAAUGCCAUUCCUCAGUCAGACGAGCAAUACGACCCAUUUGCAGAGCAUCGUCCGCAGAAGAUCGCGGAGCGGGAAGAUGAAUACAAAGCCCGGCGCAGACAGAUGAUCAUCUCACCUGAGCGUCUCGACCCUUUUGCAGACGGUAAAUUUUGCUUUUUUUCGACUUCAUUAUACCUUCCUCAUUUCCUUUCCCUUUUCACGGUUCACUUUUUUGUGACCCCACCAUGACUACCAAUGGUUUCACACCCAUAGUUUUUCUGUUUUAACCCUUCGACCACAAUGCAAUAGCUCGCUUCCCAGACUUCCGCCUUCCCGGUGGUCAAUCCUCUGUGGUCCAAGUACAUAUUGUGUCAUUUUUUUCUUCUACAUUUGCAGCAAAUGUCAGUGUGGGCCCAAAGUUAUAUAUUUUCAUGCCUUUAAUCUGCAUUUUGUGUAUCAAAUACAGCUAAACCCACUGUGGGGUUGCCAUGCCUUUCAUAGGGAGAGGUGGUUAGGUGUUGAAUGUUCAAGGGGGGUAUUUCACCUAACAAACGUGGGUAGCAGAUAGGUUGUGUGUGAGUCGAAGGGUUAAUAAUUUCAUGUGAGUGUCAGCCUAAAUAAUGAUGGGAAACGGCAGUGUCCGCUUGUCCUAGUAUGUGAGGAUGAGAAAUGUAAGCUUUAGGGUUAGUUUUGGUGUAAUUCACCUGUAAAUAAACUGCUAUUCCACGCUGAGCUCAGUAACAGAUGAGACACAACAACCUGCUCGCUUAUAGGCGUUAGAUCCAGAGACAGGCAGUGUAAAGAAAUAUGCUUUGUCAGGAGCCUUAGGGUAACUUAUAUCAGGGCUGAAUAUAUAGGGCUGGGCGAUAUGGCUAAAAUUGGCUAAAAAUCCAGAUUCAUUCAUAUUGAUCGAUAUUGAUAAUUAUGUACCAAAAAAAAGUCAGAGUUUAAGAAACCUUACUUUUUACUGUAGUUUAAACUAUUAUUUAUUGUCUGAACAUAAGAACAUAAAAAUACUCAUUAAGCACUGAGAAGGGUUUUGUGUUUUAAUUUUGGCUUAGGUGAGGGACACACAUCUUUAUCUAAAAUCACAAUAUCUGGAUAUUUGGAUAUUUUCUCUGAUUUACCAACACAGUAGCUGAUGGAGGCAGCAGUAGAGGAGCAGCUCCUUCGUUCAGUGGAGUGAAAGAGUGUUUUUCUCACAGGAGUCUGCUGUUUUUGUUAUAUGGCUUCACCUUCUGCACAUCGCUAAUGGAAGAUUUGUUGAAGAAUUACUUUUAUCACUAUAGAGGAAAAUAGUAUUGAGAUAAUUCUCAUUACCGUUUUAUUGCCCAGCCCUAGUUAUAUAAUAACAUAACAUUACAGCCAUUAUGAGGCUGGCUUUAUCUUCCCAUUUUCUCUUAGUCUGGGCUGUAAUUUUAAAGUCUCGGGGUAACUGAACCUCCUCUGUUGGCCGGUUAGACUGAUUCGAGGUCUUUGGCCUCAGCAUAGGACUUGACUAACUAAUUAUGUCUUUCUUUGUGUGGACAGUAGGG